CUUUGACAUUUGGUUUUAGUUUGAUGGUUCCAGGAAGUUGCCUUACUUGUUACAAGUCAAAGUGCUCGGUCAGUGUAUUAUAUUUUAUAAGUUGUGUUAAUGAGAAAUGAAAGCGCCAUCAUCCAAUUCCAAUAGAAACAGAGACAAAAACAUGGCAAGAUAUUACAAAUUUGUAGUACUUUUGUUGUUGAUUGAAAUUGCACAAAUAUGCUUGUGUGCAAAUUCAAAUGUCCUCCCCUGCAUAGAACAAGAGAGGCAAGCCCUUCUCGAUUUCAAAGCAUCUAUUUCAUAUGAUUCAACAAACAAUCUUUCAUCAUGGAAAGGCACUCAUUGUUGCCAAUGGAAAGGUAUUGGCUGUGACAAUGUUACUGGACAUGUUGUCAAGCUUGAUCUCAUGACUCCUUGUAACAUACCAUUCCGGCCGCAACAAGAACUUGUGGAUUACCUUUUGUACAACGGUUUUGAAACUAGUACGGACUGUUUUCCUGUGGUUGCUCCAAAUAUCAACUCAUCUUUGUUGCAAUUGGAACACUUGACUUAUUUGGACUUGACUGGAAAUGAUUUCAGUGGGAGUCCAAUUCCUAUGUUCUUGGGUUCUAUGGGACGCCUCGAGUAUAUAUCUCUCUCAGCAGCUGGUUUUAGCGGGAGGAUACCCAAUAGUCUUGAAAAUCUUAAGAAACUACACUUUCUUGAUCUCAGCUUCAAUAACUAUUUUGGUUCCUUAAUGAGUGAUGACACCAGUUGGAUCUCUAAACUUCAUUCACUUAAGCACCUUGACUUGAGUUAUGUUCGCCUCAAUGACACACACAAUUUGUUCCAGGUACUCAAUACACUUCCUUCCUUGUUACAUCUUUCGUUGUCUUACUGUGGAAUUGACAAUUCACUCAUUCCUCGUUAUGCUCUUCAAAACAUGACAUCGCUUGUCUAUCUUGAUCUCUCAUCAAAUGAGCUUCACGGUUCAAUUCCUGAGGCUUUUCAAAACAUGACUUCCAUUGAAUCUCUUUUCCUUUAUAACAACAAUUUUACUUCUAUUCCGUCAUGGUUCAAUGACUUUGAAAAGCUUAUCCUUCUUGAUCUUUCUUCCAACGGGCUUCAUGGUCCAAUUCCUGAGAGUUUUCGAAACAUGACUUUCAUUGAAUCCCUCACGCUUGCUGCAAAUAAUUUAACUUCAAUUCCAUCAUGGGUUGCUGAGUUGAAGACACUUGUGUACCUUGAUCUUACGGAGAAUCAAAUCACUCUUAAAGAAUGUUUUCUAUCGUCAAUCAUUACAAACAUGUGCCGCCUAAAACAAUUAGAUUUAUCAAGAAACAAGCUUCAAGGGGAAUUAAUGGGACACUUUGAAUUAUCUGGAUGCAAUAUAUAUGAGUUGGAGGUACUGAAUUUAGAGGAUAAUGAUAUUAGUGAUCACAUACCAACAUGGUUGGGGCAACUUGAAAAUCUAGAGUACCUUGAUUUUAGUUCAAAUUCUCUCCAUGGACCUAUCCCAUUGUCUAUAGGAAAGUUGUCGAAGUUGCAAGAGCUACAUCUAUCCAACAAUGUAUUGAAAGGGGUCCUUUCUAGUAAUAUUGGACAACUUGUUAAUUUAACUUUCUUAGAUCUUUCUUCUAAUAAACUUUAUGGUUCUAUUCCUCAAAGUCUAGGGAAACUUGCAAAUCUGGCUUAUCUUGAUAUUUCAAACAAUUUUAUUGAUGGAAUCAUUCCAGAAAGUCUUGGUCAACUUGCCAAUUUGUAUUAUUUAGAUGUUUCUUCAAACAAGUUGGAUGGAAUAGUGUUUAAGAAAAAAGGACGACCUUCAAUUAUGCCUUUUUUAAGUUUGGGGCAUUUGAAUCUCUCCCAUAAUCAAAUUAGUGGUUCCCUUCCAAAAAAUAUUGUCCAAAUAAUGCCCUCUCUGAAGAACUUGUUUCUAGGGAAUAACCACUUAAGUGGUUCAAUACCUAUCUCUUUGUGUCAGUAUCAAUUGAACAUCCUUGACCUAUCAAAGAACAACUUAUCUGGAAAUAUUCCAAAUUGUUGGGAGAUUAAUAAUAGUUUGCAUGAGAUAAAUUUAUCAUCCAACAAACUAACUGGAGCAUUUCCAAUCUCAUUCAGGAAUCAUUCCUCGUUGUUUUGGUUACAUUUGAAUGAUAAUUUCCUUCAAGGAGAGAUUCCGGCGUCUUUUACAAAUUUGAAUCAAUUGUUGAUUUUGGAUCUUGGUGAGAAUCAACUUUCUGGAAGUAUACCAUCAUCAUGGACAACAAGCACCUUCCCUUACCUACAAGUUCUUAGACUGCGACAAAACUUGUUGAACGGUAGUAUUCCAUCACAACUAUGCCAACUCAAAUCACUAAAAAUUUUGGACCUUUCCAAAAACAAAUUACAAGGUUCAAUUCCUCGAUGCAUCGGAAACCUUGAAGGAAUGACAUUGGGAAAAUCAAUAUCAUCAUCAGUCAAUGUAGAACAAGCUUCUAAUGGUAGUGAAUCUGACUGGUAUAAUCAAGUUGUCACAGAAGUAGUUAAAGGAAGGGAACUUAAGUAUACCAAAAUUGUAAAACUUGUAGUCAACAUGGACUUGUCAGAAAACAAUUUGGUUGGAUUCAUUCCUAAUGAAGUCACUUGGCUCACAGGACUACAUGGCUUAAACUUGGCAAAAAAUCAAUUGAAAGGAGACAUUCCGCAAUCAAUAGGAGACAUGAAAUCAUUAGAGUCCUUGGAUAUGUCUCAAAACCAACUUUCAGGCACAAUUCCAAAAACCAUGACUGCUUUAACUUUUUUGAGUCAUUUAAACUUGUCGCACAACAACAUAUCAGGACCAAUUCCAAAAGAUAACCAACUUUCAACUUUUAAUGACCCUUCUAUUUAUGCUUACAACCCAUACCUCUGUGGAUCUCCACUCCCAAAUAUGUGUUAUACCGAUGAUUUUUCACAUGGAACUUCUGAAACCAAAACCAAAGGUGAUGAAGAUGAAGAUGAGAUAGAAAAAAUAUGGUUCUACUUUGUCAUAGCACUCGGCUUUACGACUGGCUUGUGGGGAGUUAUUGGCACUUUGUGGUUGAAGAAGAAUUGGAGACAUGCUUACUUCAGAUGGGUGGAAGAUGUUGCUGACAAUAUUUAUGUGGCAGUUGUAAUUAAAGUGGCAAAGAUAAAGAAGAAAUUGAGGAGAAACCAUGUCCAUGGGUGAUUAUAGUUUAUGUUUCUUGUUUGUUUAUUUCUGUUUUCCUAAAUGUUCCUCCAUUUUAGAUGGGAAUGAUAAGGUUCAUACCACUCUUUGUAUUUGCUUUCUUGUCAUCAAUUUUGUCUUUAGUUAAGAACAUGGGAUUUGGGUUUUAUUUAUGAUUGAACAGAGUAUGCAGGUAAAAAGGUUCAUUCUGUCGUUAAUGUUAA